AUUCCUCCACUCGGCUCCUUCCUGCCCUCCUUCCUUUCUCUUCCGGUGACGGCGGCACCAGAUAUAAAGAAUGGUUCAGCGCCUGACAUACCGUCGUAGGCUGUCCUACAACACGGCCUCCAACAAGACCCGUCUGUCCCGAACACCAGGAAACAGAAUUGUUUACCUGUACACAAAGAAGGUUGGCAAAGCCCCCAAAUCGGCAUGUGGCAUCUGCCCUGGAAGACUCCGUGGUAUCCGAGCAGUUAGACCCAAAGUGCUCAUGAGGCUGUCAAAGACUAAGAAGCACGUCAGCAGAGCUUAUGGCGGCUCUAUGUGUGCAAAAUGUGUUCGUGACAGAAUUAAGCGGGCAUUCCUCAUCGAGGAGCAGAAGAUUGUUGUGAAAGUGCUGAAAGCUCAAGCACAGAGCCAGAAAGCGAAGUAACAUCCUAUGAUCACAUCACAAUAAAUGUCUCUCUUGUAAUUUG